AUGUCUUCUCAGAUACCUGGUCUUAUUUCGUCUUUCUUCCUUUCCUUGUUCAUCCAUCGAGCUUCUAUUUAUUUCUUUAGAGAAGUGUUUUUUGGAGUUUUUUUUUUCACUUCAUGCCUUUCUUUCAUUUCUUAUGACGUUCAUAAUUCUCAUUCUUUUUUUUUUUCAUGUGUUUGCACUUUUUAUAUCUCUUUCACUUCAGUAAUAUCUAUCUAUCUAUCUAUCUAUCUAUCUAUCUAUCUAUCUAUCUUUUCUGUAAAAGUUCAGCUAAUAUCUAUCUAUCUAUCUAUCUCUGAGCGGAAUUUUCACAAGCCGAUGCUACUAAACGGGAGAGGCCCUCAGGGCCUCGGUGUAGACGAGACGAUGCGGAACCUAACUCUUGCCGGGGUUAAUUCUCUUCUGUCUCUCUCUUCUGUCUGCAUGUCCCAUCUGCCUCUUCCGUCUCUCUCUUCCGUCUGCCUCUUCCGUCUGUCUCUUCCGUCUGACUCUUCCGUCUGCCUCUUCCGUCUGUCUCUUCCGUCUCUCUCUUCCGUUUGCCUCUUCCGUCUGCCUCUUCCGUCUGUCUCUUCCAUCUCUCUUCCGUUUGCCUCUUCCGUCUGUCUCUUCCGUCUGUCUUCCGUCUCUUCUUCCGUCUGCUUCUUCCGUCUGUCUCUUCCGUCUCUCUUUCCGUUUGCCUCUUCCGUCUGCCUCUUCCGUCUGUCUCUUCCAUCUCUCUCUUCUUUGCCUCUUCCGUCUGUCUCUUCUCUGACUCUUCCGUCUGCUUCUUCCGUCUGUCUUCCGUCUCUCUCUUCCGUUUUGCCUCUUCCGUCUGCCUCUUCUCUGUCUCUUCCAUCUCUCUCUUCCGUUUGCCUCUUCCGUCUGUCUCUUCCGUCUGACUCUUCCGUCUGCUUCUUCCGUCUGUCUCUUCCGUCUCUCUCUUCCGUUUGCCUCUUCCGUCUGCCUCUUCCGUCUGUCUCUUCCAUCUCUCUCUUCCGUUUGCCUCUUCCGUCUGUCUCUUCCGUCUGA